GCUCAUCUGCUUUUCCAAAUUAUAAACGAGAAAUUGGGUUCAGCAAAAAAAGGAACUUUGGUGGCAGAUGAUCGGUUCAGACUCGAUUACACAAUGAACCGCAAAUUGGAAAAUGAUGAGAUAAAAGAAAUGGAAGACAAGCUGAAUGAAAUGCUUGUGGCCGAUCAUAGCGUUAAAAUUUAUGAGAAACGAUACGAGGACGUAAAAAAUGAAAAUAUUUACAUUGAGGAUGAGGGAAUUUAUCCUGAUAUCGUGCGUAUAGCUGAGGUAAACGGUGAUAAAGUGCUCUGUGGUGGAUUGCACGUGAACAACCUCGCACAGAUCAAAUGUUUUAAGAUCAUCAGUGAGUACCGUGUUAAUUCCAACGUGAGACGCAUCAUUGCUUAUACUCAUGACAGAGCGCUCGAAUGCCAUGAUAACGCAUUAAAAAUUGAGAGCUUUGAACUGAGCACGUGUCAUGAAUGGGAAGACAAUCUGGGCCUGCUUGAUAAACUGCGCUUUUUGAGUAUAAAGCAGACUAAACUGAAAGAAAGCAUAAAAAUAAGAAAUGAAAAAGUGAGGUUAUACUGCAGAUCAGAGAAACCAGUUAUAUUUACCGAACUAAUCGGCGACAAGACAAGCAUUCUUAAGGAUCUUAACACCAUAUUCACGAAUAUAAGUAAGAAGGAUAAAAAUGUAAUGGUGUUAACUCGAAUAGGAGAUGUACAUUUUUUCAUUUGUAGUAACGAUGAGAAAUUUACUAAUUAUCUUAAACGCUGGGACACGCACAAUAUUAUUAUUCUGAGUAAGAAGGUACGUGGUGAAAUUAAGCGUCUGAACCCGGACGAUUUUAUCAGCAAUUUUAAUUAAAAAAAUUUUCUUAGUUAAGUUAUUAAGACAUUCGUUCACAGUAGAGAGUUUGGCUAUCGGCAUUGGUGUUAUUCCG